AGCUCAGUACGAGUUCGGGUUCCGACCUGAGAGCACGCAUCGCGUUAUUCGGUGUGUGGUUUGUUAGUUAGUCAAAAGCCUUUUGCACACAUAGUGUUGAGAUAAUUCAAUCCAAAUGCAAUUUCGACGAUUACGCGACACUUUUGAGUAUUCAUUGGAAAACUAGACGCGCGCAUUUCCACAGUAGCGUGCCAAACUGUUCAUUUUUGCGGUUGUUGAUUCUAUCGGAUGCUUUAAUUUCCAUAACUUGUGAGUUUUGUGUGCAUUUCAUUUCUCCAUUCUGUGUGUCGUCUUCAUGCAACCAAAGGCAACCUACUUGAAGAAUUUCCCCCCUUGUGCUUGUGGUGACGUCCAAAGGCGGGCAAUGUGCAAAGAGACUCUUUUUGUGUUCUAAGUCAAUAUAUAUAUGUAUGGUGGUGACCAUAAGGAAUACAUAGCUAGGCUAGCAGUCUAAACAACAACCCAGCAACAUCACUCUGGUUUCAUUUUUUGCCCAUCAGUGCGUGAAGUCUGUACACCAAAGUCAGUUGGGGAACACUAAAAAAAAAAUUGUCCGAAUCAGUCAUAAUCAUAAACUGCCAGUUUUUUUCGGUAUACGUUGGCGGGGAAAUCUCACGAAAAACUACCUGGAAGUAUCAUGCAAAAAUUGCUAUUAACCGUGUGACGUGGUAUACAUACAUAGCAAAAAUUAAUGAUGGCACAAAAAAUGGGUAAAGUUGAAACAAAACCAAGGACAGAAGGAUUAAAGUGCUGGCGAAGAGAUGAUGAGUCCAGUUCUGAAAAUUCCGUGGCCGAGAGCAGUGAGGCGGACUCCCAGCCCAACAAUAACACAAUGUUCCACACAAAUAACAUAAAUGGUGACACAACGUAUUCCUUUCCACGACGCGAAGCCAUCGACAUUUCCUUCAAGAAUCUCAAAUAUACCGUGAAAUCUGUUAAUUUUUCAAAAUGUCAGAUCGAAACGAAGGAAAUUCUGCGUGGAAUUUCUGGAACAUUUUCAAGUGGGAGAUUAACUGCAAUUAUGGGACCAUCGGGUGCCGGGAAGAGUACCCUACUGAAUGUAUUAGCGAGUUAUGUGGAACGCGGGGUUACGGGAACGGUUCAAGUGAAUGGAAAACAUCGACCGGCAAAUUCGCAAAAAUUCAGAGAGAUGUCCGCCUACAUUCAUCAGGACGAUGCCCUCAGGCCGUGGUUGAAGGUGUCAGAGGCCAUGGUCGUUGCUGCCCAUUUGAAGCUGGGCUACAGCGUAUCGCACGAGUACAAAAUAAACUUGGUGAGGCAAAUUCUUGUCCUUCUGGGAUUAGAGAAACGCUACAAUACUUUCACUGCAAAACUGUCUGGAGGUCAAAAGAAGCGACUGGCAAUUGCCUUAGAAUUGAUAAACAACCCACCGAUUUUAUUUCUUGACGAGCCAACAACCGGCUUAGACAGCUCCUCCUGUACGCAGUGUAUAUCACUCCUGAAGCGCCUUGCGCAGGAGGGAAGGACGGUGAUUUGUACAAUUCAUCAACCAAGUGCUCUGCUCUUUGAGAUGUUUGAUGAUCUGUACACUGUGUCUCAAGGGUACUGCAUAUAUCAAGGGACAGUGAAGGAAUUGGUUCCAUUUCUCAGUGAUAUCGGGCUGCAGUGCCCAAACUACCACAAUCCCGCGGAUUUUCUCAUUGAAGUUGCGAGCGGAGAGUAUGGCACAGAUAUGUCAAAAAUGUCCAUGAUUGCCUCAAGUCGCAAACGAGAAGAUACCAAUGCGAAACGGGCUGUGAUACCUUCAGAAAAUGAACUUGAAGGCACUGAGUUUGGGGAAUUUAUUCCACCUCCCGAAAGUGGUGGAGUCUGCCUGGCCGAAGCGGAGAAAUUGAGAGAGAGGAAGGAAGCAUCGGGACGUCGGAAGCCAACACAAGGAGCUUCAAUUUUCAUGCAAUUUAUCCUCCUUUUCUGGAGGAAUCUUAUUUGCCAUAAGCGACAUCAUUAUAUCUUGGUUUGCCGCAUAAUGGCCCACACGAUUAUAGGGGCGCUCUUUGGAUACCUCUACAGUGGGGUUGGUACGAUGGCGACAACGGUCUUUGGGAAUUAUGUUUAUGUCUAUGGGUCGAUGCUACUUGUCGUCUACACGGGAAAAAUGUCUGUGAUGAUGUCAUUUCCAAUUGAAAUGGAAAUGCUGAAAAGGGAACACUUCAAUAGGUGGUACAAACUAGGACCAUACUUCUUCUCAAUCAUCUUAUUUGAAAUCCCAUUCCAAAUGAUCUGCGCUACCUCUUACCUUGUAAUUAGUUACUGGUUAACCGGAAACUACACUGAGGACUGGAGAUUCAUCUACUUCCUUAUUCUGGCUCUCUUAGGCACAUUAAGUGCCCAAAGUUGGGGCUUUUUCUUCGGUGCUACUUUGCCAGUAAAGAUCGCCGUAUUUGCUGGUCCUGUUGUUGCAGUUUUGUUCUCUGUUUUUGGUUUCUGCAACAGAUACAUCGACAUUACGCCCAUUUUCCGAUGGAUGUGGCACAUCUCCUACUACCGCGUUGGCUUCCACGGACUCCUCAAUACAAUCUUCGGGAUGAAUAGGCGGGAUUUAAAGUGUCCCGAGACGGCAAUGUAUUGCCACUUCAAGAAAUCCAAUGUUUUCCUCACGGAAAUGAUGAUAAAUGACAUCACAAUGGAGGGAGGAAUCUUCAUGAUGUCCUUAGUUAUUAUUGUAAUGCAUAUACUUACCAUAACUGUACUCUGGGUGAAGUUGAACAAAAGAUAGGAUUUCCUCCGACAAAGGAAAAGCAAAAAUGUACUAAAUAUUUCGUCCGAAGUGUAUUUUUUCUAUACAAAGAAUAUUGAAUUUCAUUGUGUACGGGAAAUUUUCUUUUCUUUUUGCUAACUUAAAGGGGUGCUUGAGAAAAGCUUGACUUUCUACUUGAUUUUGUUAUUUUUGUAUUAAAACUUAGGUGCUCGUAAGAAAACUCUGUUGUGGUGUUCCUCGAAAUAAAAGUGCUGAAUGUUUGUCAAUUAGUACCUAUAUUAUACUUAUAUAUGUAUACUAUUUUUGGAUGUUUGUAAAAGAUUUUUUAUUAAUAAAAAACAAAAAGCA